CUUCGCAGGAAAAUAGGAAGGAAGAGGCGACUCAGGCGAUGGAAUAAUGGAUGCUCCGAUGAUCGGCUGCCGCCUGCCGUUAGGCGCUGGUCUGAAGGACGACGGAUGACGGUCGAUAUCGGAUGCGUCGACGGUGGCCUGAUGGGAUUGUCGAUUGAUAUAAGAUUACAUGUGUAUCGCAAGGGUUUUGACCCAACAUACCUGCGAUGGAAACGGCAUGGAGAGUUAGAAAAUCCUUGCAGCUCUAGCUAUACUCAUAAUGAACAAGUCGAGGAUGAUAUUCACGACAUCCACAAUCUUGAGGUUGAAAUGGAAGAUGAGUUAGGGGCCACUCAAGAUGUUCCUCCUGAUAAAGUCGUCAUUGAUGAAGAGCGUGAUAUAGGGCAUAUCUACGAGCGGUUGUUUCGAGGCUUGUGGGAUUCAAGUUCUCGAGUUGUAAACGGUUUGUUAAGCACCCGUAAGCUUAACGGAAGUAGUGGUAGCUUCGAGAGAGUCUCUCGGGGAACUGGACUAGCCACGAGCAGCCAAUUCAGCGUAACUUCUCCACCGAAUUCGCUCCUCAUUCAAUCUCCAACGGAAGAAUGCCAAUGGGAAGAAUCCUCUUGCUAUAAAUGGGAGAGGAAUUGCAAUCGGAAAAAAAGGGGGAAAAAGGAACGACAAAAGAGCGGCGGCUUAGGCCGCGUGGGGAACAAGUCUCUUCUUGUGGCUUUUCCUAAUGCAAUGCAGGUUCUAGAUGUUUCUAUCACUUCAGGGCAAGGUAAGAAAUGCGGAGAUGGCAUUGGACCUCUACCUUUGGAAGAGGUGUUCUCCCCUCUGUUGGCAGGGGGCUUAAACAGUUCAGUAGACAAGGAAGAUCAUGGUACUUUCCUGCAGCAGGAAGAUUCUCCAUUUGUUGAGCCAGCUAGAAACUUACUCAGCCACGAAGAGCAGAUGUUAAUCGACGGGCUUCUCAACCAAACUAUGAGGGUGGAAGCUUCAAAUUGGAAGGACUCUAUUCAACCGGAGCUUGAUCUUAUGUUAACAAAUGACAAUGUGGAAGAACAGGCAGGAGGAGACUUUCAGAAAUAGUAUUAGAUGCUUAAGCCCAUUUUCGAACAACAUAUUAGCGAUGACUUUGAGAACUCCCUUUGGAUGAUCAAGGAAGAAUUACCUUCGCCCUUCAUCAUGGAUAAGAUCCAAAAGGGGCUUGUUUCAACGCUUCAGGGUAAGGCUUUAAAAGAAACUAGGGAGGCUAUGAAGAGUGCACAAUGCAUUAGAGCUAUUAAGCUGAAAGGUACGCGACAUCCAAUUCUUCUAGCCUGCGCCAACAUUGACGUACCGAUCAUUACGCCAUUGUCUUAACAUCUCAUCGACUACGAGUGAAAGGGAGGUGAUACCGGCCCAACGCACACGGAUGACGAACAGGACGGCCCAAGGGAAGUAACGCGACCGCGCAGAAACAUAC